GCUAGCGUUAGCAUGGCGGAGAGCCGCGUGGUUCCGAGCGGGAAAGUUUACCAGCAGCUUUUUGACGAUCAGGUUCGUUUGUCCAGAAGUUUGUUGGCUGCACGCAAACACACAGCAACAACGAGUGUGCGUGUUGCCGACUGUGACACACCGUGCAACGUCACCAGCGGGGAGUGUUCCGGAGUCGAGGAAGACGACGGUGAAGACGCUGACGGCGAAGGCGACGAAGAUGCCGAGGAGGUGAUCAGGCUUCCCGACACCGUGGAGGCCCGUCACGAGUCGUGCGACAUCCUGCAGCGCGUCCACCACAACAAGAAGAUCCAACACCGCCGAGCCGUGCAGCACGUGCACGCGCAACUCACGCACCUGGCGCAGGUGUGUGAGGCCCAAGUGAGGACACACAGUCAGCAUCUGAGGACGAAACUGCAACAAAUCGACGCGUCGUUGCACGGACUCGCACGCGACAUGACACACGUGCAACAACGCAGCCUACAGGAGGUGUUGUGCGUUUGGAGCUCGGUGGAGGCUCACAUGAAGGAGAAGAAGUUCAGCGUGUUGACCUUUGAACUGCAAGUCAACGAGUGCGAGCGGCUGAGAGUCAACCAGAUCAGACCGGUGCUGAGGAGGUACUGCCACCUGCUGGAGAAGAUAAACUUCCUGCCAUGCGCAAACACACACGUGCACAUACACAGCCAGGCCACGAUGCUGAAUCAGUGCCUGCUGGCCAACCGUCGCAGCACGGCGCGGCUCCUGCUGCUGCUGCACGAGGAGGCGCUCCAACAGGAGGCGCUCCUGCGCCUGCAGUGGGAGGAGUCUGUCAGCCUGUGGAGGCGGAGCCAGGCCAGCCACGUGGUCCAGGAGUUCAGGUUGUCGGUGGCGAGCGUGGACGUGUGGCGUCUGCUCUCCGAUCAGCUGACGUUCCAGGAAGUGGACCAGAGCGUGCGGCGUUUGUCCCAACGACGCUGCGACAUCGUCACCGGCCUCAGCACCUUGGUCCCGCCCUCCCUCUCCUCAACUCUGGUCUCUGAUUGGUUCACGCAGUUGACAGCCGUCAAUCAACAAAUCGACAUGUGUCACGCCGACUUCCUUCAUCAGCUGCGGUGUCGUUACGAGCUGAUGUGGCAGGAUCGCGUGUCGCAAGUGCAGCUUUACCAGGAGGCGCUGUCCGCUCUGGAGCUGCCGGAGGAGGAAGUGAGCGACAUCGUCAAGUCCCAGCUCAUCUCUCUGAUCGGACAACACCAGAGACAAGAUGAAAUGCAGUUGGCCGCCAUCGACACGUGUUCCGACAGCCUGUACCGUGCGUCGGCGCGGCUCAGCAGGCGCGUGUUUGUGGUCAUGCGUGCGCUGGCGUCGCUGUGGGAGAAGCACGGCGGCAUCCUGGUGGGCCGGGAGGAGGAAGUCCAGCGGCGCCUAGAUGAGCUGCGACUGGCGCAAGAGCAACACGUACAGAGGAAAAAAGUGUUCCUGGACGAGCUCCUGGCCGCACUUCGCCAGGAGAGCAGCGAGGCGGCGUUGAAGUCGUCUCUGGAGCAAACCGUCGUCUACCUGCACGACGUCAGGAACAGCUGCGGCGAGUGCGUGACGGACCAGUGCGCCGUGUUGGACCGCCUCCCUCGCACCUUCGUGGACGAGCUGCUGGAGUUCAGCCGACUCCUCAGCGACUUCUUCCACCUCGGAAACUCCUACACCCCCAGUACAGAAGACCUGAAGAAGCUGCCGCCAGUCGAUGACAUCAUCACCAGCAACAGUCAAGAGAGUAGUCAAGAGGGCGGGACAACAGAGGAACAGCCAAUCAGCUGUCAGGAUGAUGUGGCGCCUGAAGACUCUUCUGAGUCACUGGCGGAGGCUGAGUCGUCUCUUCUGGAUCUGUACGACCUCAGCAGCAAGGUCAAUUUGACGUCAUCGAGGGGCGUGUCCUACACCGGCCCCGCCUUCAGAUGCCCCGCCUCCGACCUCCCAGGCAACAUGAGCAAGCAACAGGAAACGCACCUCAGCACGUUUCCUGUCGAGCUUCUCAUGCACGCGCUUAACAGGAUGCGCAUGUGGUUCCUGGAUUACGUGGAGCAGCGUUUCCAGGAUGUCCUGACGUCGGCAGUCGCCACGGUGACAGACAGGAAGGAGGCGGUGCGUGCGUACCACGAGCUGCAAAUGCAGCCGCUUGACCCGCAACAUGUCAAGACUUGCAUCUACAUCCCACGCAUGGCCGAGCUGCAGCUGCACAAGCGGCGCGUGGACGCUCACUGCCAGGAAGUGUCCGACGUGCUGACUUCCUGCACGGCGGCGUUGCAGCAGCUGCAGGAGUCCACCAACGAGAAGAACCGACAGCUGACCGCCACGCUCGGCAAGAUGGAGGACAGCGUCCUCAAAACGGACGGCAGCAGACGUCUGGAAGCCCUCAGCGCCACCCUGCAGGACUGUCUGGACGAGCACAUCAAACACACCCAGCGCUUGCACUCGUCCUUCCGGAUGUCGCUCCAGCUGCAGAUGGACGAGCUGAGAAAUCGGACGGCCCGUCUCCUCAGAUCCUUCAGGCUGUUCAGCGAAGGAGGCGACUACACACGUCAGGAGGUGAAAAUCUUCCAGCGGCGUCUGAAGGAGGAAAGUAAACGCAUCAGCAUCACCGAGGAGAGCGUCUACACGGACCUGCACAACCUGCAGACCAAGACCUUACAGCAGGUGAAGGCGGCGUCGGGGCGUCUGGAGGAGAAGCUGUGCGUGCUGCAGGCCGAGGUCAAGUUCAUCGAGAAGAUCGAAAGGAUCCUCAGCAGCACGCAAGUGGAAGUCAAAGCGGAGGCGGCGAGCAGCAACCAGCAGGAGGCAGUCAUCAGCGCUCGCUUGGAGCAACUCAGGAAAACUCUGGAAGAAGAACAGGUGUGCUCAGAUCAGGUUUUCUCCUCGUUGUCCGCCAUCAGCGAGGACCUGAGGAGGCGGAGACACUACUUGGACGAGGAGAGUGUGGCGCCGCCCACCGUGUCCAAAUCCAGGAAGCAGGUGUGGUCGGCUCCACCCCCUGCCCUGCUGCAGCCCUGUCGCUCAGGGGGCAACAUCAUGGAAGACCCCAUAGUGGGCGUGGUCAAGUCGCUCAACAGGUUCUGUGAAGGUACUGACUCCGCCCCCUCCACCGUGGCAGGUCGAAGCUCUGCCCAGCGCCAGCAGUCGCCAAGACGUAGUGAAUCUGCUGGUGUAGCAAGGUCGUUCAGGACUGACAAAAGGUUCCAGAUCUUUGGUGCCAAAUCAGAAGCAGAUCCCAAUCCAGAUUGUUACAUCUCCAUCGUCAACGCAAUACUGAGGAGGACUCAUCAGACCCUCCUGCUCGUGGCCAAGGACUUCUACCAAAGUCAACGUUGCGGCGGCUUCCAUCGACUUCCUGCCGGUCUCGACCAAUGGGUGGAGAACACGCAGCAAAGGCUUCUGGGACAUCACGAACACGCACGGACGCUGCUCAGCGCCAGCAGAGGAGCGCUCGAGCAGCAGCAGUGCGUGUUGGCCGACAUGAUGCGCUCGCUGCCCGCCACGUUGAUCCGCACCCACGAGAAACGGCUGGGGGCGGAGCUAAGGGAGGAGGCGGGCCGAGUCCGCCGCUCCUUCGAGGAAAACGUGGCCGCCAGCGAGGGGGAGAAGAUGGCAAGCGUGACGGGUCUGCGCGUGUCGCUCUCGACCGACGAGAUGGAGGCGCUGCGGCGCAACGAGGAGGCCCGGCAACAGAGGCUCCACGACGCCAUCUUGGGGUCGCAUCGAGAACUGCAGGAAUGUAUGCGACGUAGAGGGGAGGAGUUUGUGACAUCACUGGCGUCCCUCACGGAACACCUCCUUCUUCAGAUGGACCAACUUCCUCUCCCGGAAGUGACAUCGCAGCCGACGUCGGAGGACAGAGACGUCACCAUGGAAACCACACAGCAGCCAUGCAGGACGUGGUCAGGAAUCCCUCACAUGUCGCUUCCUGCCAACACGUCCUCUUCUGUUACCACGGCAACCACCGCCACCAUCACCACCACCAAGUGCACUCUGGGACAUCUGGCUGUCAUCGAACACAGAGACGCUGCCGCCAAGCGUUUCGAGCAGGUGUUCUCGUCACAGUUGUCGCAUUCCCAUGCCGACAAACGGAGACGACUUAAUGAACUGCAAAGCUGGAAGACGCACUGGAGGCUGCAGAUACACAGCCUCGCACACUGACACACGCACAACUUUUACAUACACGCAAGGCAAAUGUAUGUCUUUAGUGCAUUUCAUGAUUAAAAGCAUUUAAAAACAAAGAACAUAAAAUUAAAAGGCAGCUAAAAAAACAUCGUACAGUGCAAGAGAAAACAUUUAAGAAAUGCAAACAUACUGAUUGGCUGUUGGCUCUGUGAGGUCAUCAGUUGCCAAUAAAUCAAAUGAUGAACAGAAUGAGUCCAACUUUUAUUGUGUGAGAAAGAUCAAAGAGAAAGCGUUCGUCCAGUCAGCGACAAGC